AUGUUACUGUUGUCAUUAUUUGUAUUUGAAAUAUUAUCUCAGGAAAUUGAAUAUGACUUACUCCUUGAAGAUUGCCCAAUUGGGUUUAGAAUUGAUAACUCUGGAUUUGAUCUGUAUGAUGAUUCGAUCCGGUUUUUAUUCAAGAUGACCGCGGAUUACAAUUACACAAAAGCGGAAAUCGAGUUUGGAGGUAAAAAAUUUAUAGGUGAAUUUUAUGAAGGAUUUGAAAACUAUGGGACUAUUGAUUUUGUCAAAGGUUUUAAAAGAGAAAAAGAAAAUUUUUUAAGAGCAGGUACUUACAAACUUGGAGUGGAUGUAGCUAGAUCCAAAUUUCCAAAGGAGUUCACAUAUAAACUUGGAGCCAAUUCGGUUUUUGGAAAUAAUGGAAACAAUCAACAAUAUUUUUUCCAAGCCCCAUUUAAUCCCAAUUAA